AUGGAUAUAGAAAAUAGCCUGGCGCCAUUUGUAGUAACAGCAAUAGCAGUUUUUGCCCUUGCAACACCAUUUUUUGCAUCGACACCUAAAAGCAAAUCUUCAAAAAAUAAAAAAAAGUCUGCUUCCGAAGAUAGAAAAACGAAUAAUAAUUAUGUUUAUGGCUUAUUUAACCAAGGAAAUAAUAUUUGUUUCCUCAAUGCUGUUUUGCAAAGUCUUGCUUCGUUGAAGAACUUACGGACAUAUCUAAGAAAAAAACUUGAAUCAACCACAAAUCACGACGAACGCCUGGUAACAUUCGCCUUGUAUACUACUUUGGAAAAACUUAAUGAACCAUUAACCUCACAAGAUUCAUUUAAUCCAACGAGCAUAGUUUGGGCUUUACAAACUGCAAAUAUAAAACGUCUUAUUAAUAGGCAACAACAAGAUGCUCAUGAAUUAUUUCAACUUUUAUCAGAGUCAUUAAGUGUUGAAGAUGAAAUCAGUCGACGACCAAAGUCUCUUUUUGAUGUUGAUACCAUAAAGUUAUUAGCUAAUAAUAACAAAUGUACUACUAUUAGUUUAACGUCUGGCCGAAACCCUCUUAUCGGGUUAACGGCAUGUCGAAUUUCUUGUAUGAAAUGUGGUUAUUGUGGACCUAUUAGGCAUUCUUCUUUCGAUAACAUUUCAAUUCCUCUUCCAAAACAGAAUGUUGUAACUCUGGAAACACUUCUUAAAACUUAUUCCGGAAUCGAGUUUAUCGAUGAAUAUAAUUGUCCACAAUGUAGUUUAUUGGAAACAUUGGCUGUUAUAGAAAAUCGAUUAACUAUUUCUGAGAAAAAAUAUUUAAAUAAAUUGGAGGCAGAUAAACAAAUUGUUAAGGAAGCCUUAGCUACUGAUGUAGACAUAGAUGAUAGUAAAUUGAAAUUAGAAGUAGCACAAUUGAUUCGUAUGAACCUUCCGGCUACAAAACAAACCAUGUUUGCAAAACUCCCUGAGAUUAUGGCACUUCAUUUUUCUCGAUCAAUUUAUCUUCAAAAUGGGAUGACUUUGAAAAACUCUUGUAGAGUUAUAUUUCCCGAAUUCAUAGAUCUUGCACAAUAUACAACUACCGGUUAUCUAGCAACAAUGCCCAGCGAACCCCUUUCCUCUCCACCUGCAUCACCAACUACUUCGUCACCUGUAUUGUCGCCUAUUUUAGCAGAAAUUAAUGAUGCACGUCGUCACGUCGGUGAGGCCACCGAUGCUUCAAUCUAUCGACUAAAAUCGGUAAUAGUUCAUUUGGGUGAUCACAGACUCGGUCAUUUUGUGACAUAUAGACGUCAAGAAGAAGCACCAAAUGCUUGGUGGCGUAUAUCUGAUGAAAAUGUUGAAGAAGUUAGCUUAGCGAAAGUAUUAGAACAAGAAGCAUAUAUGUUGUUUUAUGAAAAGGGUCAAAGUUGA